CCCUGCUACGUCACGUUUUGCUUUUCUUCAUAUAUUUGUAUUUAAAUGUGAUGCUCUAAUAUUGUCUUUGCCGUGCAUCAAUCUUAUGCGUGUAUUAAGUAAAUAGGAAACUAUGAACUCGCAUAAUUUUAAUUCGCAAUAAAUCUGAACCUUCAAAUCCCUGAGGAGUGGCGUCGAGCGCGCGCAAGCGUACUCAUAGGACAGCUGGCUGUCAGUGCUCGAGUACAAUCAAACGACCGAGGAAAGCACGGCACUUCUACCGAAGAUAGUUUAUUUUGUGUCUUUACUUGUUUUUUUAUCGUUGCUUUCGGUUUGGCGUGUACAAAGAGCAGUGCCUGGAGCGCCGUUAUUAAAUUACUGAGACUUCUGAAUUGCUCCGUCUGGCAGGACCAAACGCUGAGAAUAACGUACUUCAAAAUUAACCACUUAGAAAGGUGUUUGUUGCGCACUUGUGUUUCCCGCGCCACAUCCUCGCGGCUCUGUCACCAUGGGCAACCGGGGGAUGGAGGAGCUCAUCCCGCUGGUGAACCGCCUGCAGGAUGCCUUCAGCGCCAUCGGACAAAGCUGCAACCUGGACCUGCCCCAAAUCGCUGUGGUCGGGGGUCAGAGCGCAGGCAAAAGCUCUGUUCUAGAAAAUUUUGUGGGAAGAGAUUUCCUGCCAAGAGGCUCGGGAAUUGUUACAAGGAGACCACUUGUCCUUCAGCUCAUCAGUGCAACCUCUGAGUAUGCAGAGUUUCUGCACUGUAAAGGGAAGAAGUUUACAGACUUUGAUGAGGUUCGACGGGAGAUUGUAGAGGAAACAGACAGAGUCACAGGAGCUAAUAAGGGCAUAUCUUCCAUUCCCAUUAACCUCCGUGUCUACUCUCCAAAUGUUUUGAACCUGACCUUGAUAGAUCUUCCAGGGAUAACUAAAGUCCCAGUAGGAGAUCAGCCCCCUGACAUUGAAUACCAGAUCAGAGACAUGAUUAUGCAGUUCAUCUGCAGAGACAAUUGUCUCAUCCUGGCUGUCACACCCGCUAACAUGGAUCUGGCUAACUCAGAUGCUCUUAAACUGGCCAAAGAUGUGGAUCCACAGGGCCAGCGCACUAUUGGUGUGAUCACUAAGCUGGAUCUGAUGGAUGAGGGCACGGAUGCCAGGGAUGUGCUGGAGAACCGGUUACUGCCACUGCGCAGAGGUUAUAUUGGUGUGGUAAACCGUAGUCAGAAGGACAUUGAGGGGAAGAAAGACAUCAGUGCAGCUAUGGCUGCAGAGAGACGGUUCUUCAAAUCACACCCAGCAUACAGACACAUGGCGAACUGCAUGGGCACUCCAUACCUACAGAGGGUCCUCAACCAGCAACUCACCAACCACAUUCGUGAUACAUUACCGGCAUUUCGGAGUCAACUGCAGGGUCAGCUCCUGUCAUUGGAUAAAGAGGCUGAGGAGUACAAGAAUCUGAACCCAGACAACCACUCACGCAAGACCAAGGCUUUAAUGCAGUUGAUACAGCACUUUGGGCUGGACUUUGAGAAGAGGAUCGAGGGAUCUGGUGAUCAGGUGGACACGGUGGAGCUUUCGGGAGGAGCCAAAAUCAACCGUGUCUUUCAUGAGCGCUUCCCUUUUGAACUAAUCAAGAUGGAGUUUGAUGAGAAAGAAUUACGAAGGGAGAUCAGUUAUGCCAUUAUAAACAUCCAUGGGAUCAGGACAGGCCUUUUCACGCCUGAUAUGGCCUUUGAAGCCAUAGUGAAGAAACAGAUAGUGAAAUUGAAAGGACCAUGUCUCAAGUGUGUAGAUAUGGUGAUUCAGGAGCUCAUCAGCACUGUACGACAGUGUACUAACAAGUUAGGGACCUUUCCUAAACUUCGGGAGGAGACAGAGAGGAUAGUGACCACACACAUCCGGGAACGAGAGAGUCAAGCCAAAGACCAGGUUUUACUCUCACUAGAGAUUCAGCUCUCCUAUAUCAACACAAACCAUGAAGAUUUCAUCGGAUUUGCAAACGCUCAACAGAAACCCAAUCUGACGAGUAAGAAGGCUUCAGCAGGGAACCAGGGUGCCGCCCCUCCUCCACCCAGUCAAAUUGUGAUCCGCAAAGGCUGGUUAACCAUCAACAACAUCGGUCUGAUCAAAGGAGGGGCCAGGGAGUACUGGUUCGUGCUCACCGCUGAAUGCAUGUCCUGGUUUAAAGAUGAUGAGGAAAAGGAGAAGAAAUACAUGCUUCCUCUGGACAACCUGAAGGUGCGAGACAUAGAAAAGAGCUUCAUGUUCAGCAAACAUUCCUUUGCCAUCUAUAACACAGAGCAGAGGAACGUGUAUAAGGACUACAGGCAUCUGGAGUUGGCCUGUGACACGCAGGAGGAGGUGGACAGCUGGAAAGCCUCUCUGCUGCGGGCCGGGGUCUACCCUGAGAAAACCACAGUGGAUGGAGAGAGUUCAGGCCAGGCAGAGAGCUUCUCCAUGGACCCUCAGCUGGAGCGGCAAGUUGAGACCAUCCGUAACCUGGUGGACUCAUACAUGAGCAUUGUCUACAAAAGCAUCCGAGACUUGAUGCCCAAGACCAUUAUGCACCUUGUCAUCAAUAACGUGAAAGAGUUUAACCACUCUGAGUUGCUAGCUCAGCUUUACUCUUCAGGAGAUCAGUUCUCUCUGAUGGACGAGUCUGCUGAACAGGCCCAGCACAGAGAGGAGGUGCUGCGCACCCACGCGGCCCUGAAGGAGGCGCUAAACAUUAUCACUGACAUUUCCACCACCACCAUUUCUACCCCGUUGCCGCCCCCCGUGGAUAACUCCUGGCUGCAUGGUGGCUCCACGCUGCACCGCAGGUCUCCUUCAGGUUACAGUGUUCCUAAGAAGCAUCCCGCUCCAGUUGCUCCUCCUCUCCCUAUUCGCACAGAAACCUCUGCCAAACCUGUCUCCAAUAACACAGACACCACCAACACCACCAGCCGCCCAAAACGAGUCCCUCCCAGUGUCCCCAGGAGACAGCCACCAGCAGUGCCCACCCAACAGCACAAUGAGACCUAAACAGUAUCACCUGCGAGAGAAGAAUCAUCAAUGACAAGAUCUGCUUGAAUUUUCAUUAAACAGACUUCAAGAAAAUCUGAUACUCGAAGUUCAAAUUCUUGGGCACAAUGGAAAAACAUCAGCUCGAAUCAUUACUCUGUUUGUUUCAGACCACGUUUUUUUAGUCAACUGUCCUUUUGCUCACCAAUUCUGCUUUUAGUUGUCAAGAUCGAACCGUAUGAUGUCAUGCUGGAAAGGUUUGCUUCCGUUGUUGAAUUCUGUAUGUAGUUUUGCAUUGAGCACCUGUACGUCUGAGUUUUAAUCACAAUGGUUGUACAGGCUUAAA